AGCUGCUAGGCUACCGCGCUGGGCCUGAUACCCCAUUUCUGAGCCUGCUGUCCUGCUUGUCUUUGCAGCAAGCGUGAGUCAUGGAGCUGCGUGUGGGGAACAAGUACCGCCUGGGCCGGAAGAUUGGGAGCGGCUCCUUUGGCGACAUCUACCUGGGUGCCAACAUCGCCUCCGGUGAGGAGGUAGCCAUUAAGCUGGAGUGUGUGAAGACGAAGCACCCACAGCUGCAUAUCGAGAGCAAGUUCUACAAGAUGAUGCAGGGUGGAGUGGGGAUCCCGUCCAUCAAGUGGUGUGGGGCCGAGGGCGACUACAACGUCAUGGUCAUGGAACUGCUGGGGCCCAGCCUCGAGGACCUCUUCAACUUCUGCUCCCGCAAGUUCAGCCUCAAGACGGUGCUGCUCCUGGCCGACCAGAUGAUCAGCCGCAUCGAGUACAUUCACUCCAAGAACUUCAUCCACCGGGAUGUCAAGCCUGACAACUUCCUCAUGGGGCUAGGGAAGAAGGGCAACCUGGUCUACAUCAUUGACUUUGGUCUGGCCAAGAAGUACCGGGACGCCCGCACCCACCAGCACAUCCCCUACCGGGAAAACAAGAACCUGACUGGCACUGCCCGCUAUGCCUCCAUCAACACCCACCUGGGCAUUGAGCAAAGCCGUCGAGAUGACCUGGAGAGCCUGGGCUACGUGCUCAUGUACUUCAACCUGGGCUCCCUGCCCUGGCAGGGCCUCAAGGCAGCCACCAAGCGCCAGAAGUACGAGCGGAUCAGCGAGAAGAAGAUGUCCACGCCCAUUGAGGUCCUCUGCAAAGGCUACCCCUCCGAGUUCUCAACAUACCUCAACUUCUGCCGCUCGCUGCGGUUUGACGACAAGCCUGACUACUCCUACCUGCGCCAGCUCUUCCGCAACCUCUUCCACCGACAGGGCUUCUCCUAUGACUACGUCUUCGACUGGAACAUGCUCAAAUUCAUGCUGUCCCCUUCAUGCCAGCCCCCCGCCCUUCCCUGUGGACGGCCCCAAGACCAACUAGGGUGCAGCCCGGAACCCCGAGGACGUGGACCGGGAGCGGCGAGAACACGAGCGCGAGGAGCGGAUGGGGCAGCUACGGGGCUCUGCCACCCGGGCCCUGCCCCCUGGCCCACCUACCGGGGCCGCGGCCAGCCGGCUCCGCAGUGCCGCCGAGCCUGCGGCUUCUACCCCAGCCUCCCGAAUCCAGCAAGCUGGCAAUACCUCUCCCAGAGCGAUCUCACGGGUGGACCGGGAGAGGAAGGUGAGCCUGAGGCUGCACCGGGGUGCACCCGCCAACGUCUCUUCUUCAGACCUCACUGGGCGGCAAGAGGUGUCCCGGAUUUCAGCCUCACAGACAAGCGUGCCAUUUGACCACCUCGGGAAGUGAGGAGAGCUGCCCUUGGACCAGUGUUUGCUUAGUGUCUUCACUGUAUUUUCUUUUAAAAAGCAAUGAAAAAGGUGGAGGAAAAAAAACCACUCUGAGAACAGAAAGGAAAAAACAACCCAGCACAAAACUGAUGAUGGAUUUUGCUUGUUACUUUUGUCAACGGCAAGAAGACGGGCCACCCUCUGCACCAAGGAUGCCUGUCCCCUUGCAGUGCCCGUUGCCCCAACUUCAGGCUGCCAAGUGCUCCCCCAGGACACAGAGCCAGCCACCUCUUCCUGCCACCCCCUGCACCGGCUGUGGGCAGGUGAUGGUGGUGGUGGUGUAGGUGGUGUAGUGAGUAGCUCGACCACCCAGAGGCGAGGCCCACCAGGAUGGCAGAGGUGGACAUUGCCCACCGCUGUGAAAGUGGCCAGAUUUCCUGUGCUGGGCUAUCCCAGCAUCUUAAGCGCUCGGGUCCCCGCCCUGUCUCUUCUCCGUGAAGACCCUGCGUUGGGGGAAAGGUGGCCCCGACUCCCUGUGCACACGUGCGUGUACGUGUCAGGCCUGUAACUCCCAGCACGACAGGGCCCCCCCUGCCAGGCCCAGUCUGUGUCCUCCCAUGUCCAGGAAAAGGGGAUGGGCAGUGGCCUCUGGAUCCCUCAGGGCACAGGGGUCCUGCCAUCCCCACCUACACCCCACCAGCAGCCUGUGGGAGCCCCAUCUUCCACUCCUGGGCAUAGGGCAGCUUAUGGGGCCCACUGCUCCCAGGCGCCUGGCUCUGAGUGGUAGGUGACUGCUGGGUCCCAGGGUGAGCCAAGCAGGAGCCCUGCCUGGGUCAGGGCUGGGCGUUGGAUUUAUGCAUUCUUCCUGGUUAACACCUGUUUUUUUUGUUUGUUUGUUUUCUCUGUGUAUUUCCUGUUUCCUAAUUUAUUUACCUUUGUUUCCGUUUUCCUUUUUUUUUUUUAUUGAUUAAAGAAGCAAAGCUUUUUAUUACUUUGUAAUUUAAAAAACUGAAAAAAAAAUACUGAAGAACUUCGGGGGGAAUUUUGUACUUUUUUCCUGUGUAAAUAUUGGACUUUUUUGAGCUUUAUUGUGGUUGUUACUUUGAAGUAAUAAAGUAGAAAAGGAUCAAGUCA